UAUCAUGCCUCGUCAAAAAAUAUUUAUUGUUGGUGUUAUGAAAAACCAAAUACUCGGUAGUAAAUUACCAUCUAAAAAAGACGUUUUAAGUGUUUUAUUUUUUAAUAUGCGGAUGGUAAAAUUAACGCUACAAGAUAGUAUUUCAUUGGUUAUUGAUGAAUGUUUAAUUUUUUGGAAAAAAGCCCGAAUACCAACUCGAGAUCGAUGUCAUUGCUUAAAACAAUUGAAAAAACUCUAUGAAGAAUUACGAAACCUCGAAAAAAGUAAAAAUCGGAAUAGUGAGUUAUGUAGGCAGAGAGAGCAUAGUUUCGAAGAAAAUUUAAAUGAUUUAUUUGAUAUUGCGCAUGCAUUUGCUAUGGAUAUGAUAAAAAUAAAUGAAGAUAAAGAAUUUUUAAACUUUCAACGACAAAAAGGCCGCCCUGGGUGUAUGCUUGGUACGGAUGUACAAUUAGCCGGAAUUGAAAAACGAAAACAUAAUCGUGUAAAAAAAAACAUCGAAGUACAAGAAAAGCCGUGUUCGUCAAAAUCUGAAGAAGUUGAAUUGAAUUCUACAUUUAGUUCGGAAGAAGUAGAAUCUAUUGAUUCUGUUACAGAGACCGAAAGUUCUAGUUCUCCAAUCCCGUGUACAAUGCAAAUGAAAAGGGCACGAUUAGAAAUAUUGACACCUCGACUUUCUGCUGUACUUGAUAAAUGUAAGAUCAGCGAUAGAGAUGCUGUUCAUUUAUUAACAGCCUGCGUGGAAGCAACUUCUCUAAAUCCAUUAGAUUUUGUCAUAAAUCGAACUUCAAUUCGGCUAUCUCGUCAACGUUUUCGUGAGUUAAAUGCUUUUAGAAUAAAACAAAAUUUUUUUGAUUUAAAUUUAAAAUUUAUAACUAUACACUGGGAUUCAAAAAUUCUUCUCGAUAUAACUGGUAAAACAAAAGUCGAUAGACUUCCUAUUAUUGCAACACCUCCAAAUACUGAACAACUUCUUGGUGUUCCCGAACUUUCUGCUGGAACCGGUUAUGAAGUUUCAUCUGCUGUGUACGAUACUCUUGAAGAUUGGUUACUUCUUGAUAGUGUACACGCAUUUGUAUUUGAUACAACGGCAUCUAAUACUGGACGUUUAAAUGGUGCUUGUGUUCUUUUAGAACAUAAACUUGGACGUAAUAUUUUAUACUUGGCUUGUAGACAUCAUGUUUUUGAAAUUAUUCUCCAAAGUGUAUUCGUUGGAUCUAAGUUUGCUCCAUCUUCAGGCCCUGAUAUCCCAUUAUUUAAAAGAUUUAAAAAUCAAUGGAAAACAAUUGAUUUAACACAGUUUUCAAUUUGGUCGAUGGAUGUUAAGACCAGUAAUGUUCUCAAUGACGUAAGGCAACAAAUAUUAAUAUUUGCUCAUGAAAAACUUAGAGACGAUUUUCCUCGGGAUGAUUAUAAAGAAUUCCUUGAAUUAAUAGUCAUAUUUUUAGGAGACGUUCCUCCAGGUGGUAUUAAAUUUCGGCAGCCAGGACCCUAUCAUUUGGCCAGAUGGAUGGCAAAAGGAAUAUAUUGCCUAAAAAUUAUAUUAUUUCAGAAGCAAUUUAAAUUAAGUGUAGGAGAAAAAAAAGCCUUACAAACCAUUUGCUGUUUUAUUGUAAAAUGCUAUGCGGAAUCGUGGUUCACUGCUCCAGAUGCAGUGCAAGCACCACUUAAUGAUAUAAUAUUUAUAAAAAAACUUAAUUCUUAUAAAAAGGACGAUAAAAUUAUUGCAGAAAUAGCUUUAAAUAAAUUUUUAAACCAUUUAUGGUAUCUUAAUGAAGAGUGCGCAGCUUUCAGUUUAUUUGAUGACAGAAUUAAUGUAAAACAAAUACGUAAUAUGGUUCAAAAAAUAUUGGAAGAAGACAAAGAAGAAGAAAAAGAAGUACAAAAGAAAUUUUACCUUAAAUCAGAAGAAGUUUCUAAUUUUGUAAAUAAUGAGCUCCCAACAUCAUUACUCUCGGCUAAAUCGAUGAUGAUGUUUAAGAGAUUUGGUUUAUCUACUAACUUCUUAAAAAUAGAUCCAUCUGAAUGGAACACACAAAAUGACUACAUCCAAGGUCAACAAAUAAUUAGGUCACUUAAGGUUGUAAAUGAUACAGCUGAACGUGGAGUGAAACUGAUGGAAGAAUUUAAUGAAAAAAUUACAAAAGAUGAAGACCAAAAACAAUUUUUAUUGAAAACUGUGCAAGAUUAUCGUCGUAAAUACCCAGGACAUAGCAGAGAAAAGUUGAAAACGCCAUAUACCUAAUAAUUCAAUAAUUAAUUUAAUCUCCAAAUACUCACCUUAAUAAUAUUUAAC